AUGUCUUACGUGCGUAGAUUGGACGAAGCUUGUCGCAGAACCGGGAGCAGGACCCGGAGCGGCGGUAUUGGUGGAUGCAUGCUCCUACUUUCCGUAUGGAGCUGGGACCGCCUAUCAGUUGGGCGGCCUAGGGUACUCAACGAGAGGCCAUGGCCUCAUUACCCUCACUCUCUUGAUCGGGAGCCCACUUGGGCAUACCUUUGGGACAAUGUCUCGGAGAUGUCGGGCGAUCCAAAGAUCAUGUACAUGCAGUACACUGCGGAGUUGGACACUCUUACCGCUGAGCAGGUGGAAUGGGAGCCAUAUGGUAGCUACUACCGUAUUGGCGCGUCGAUGACUGACCUCAACCACAAGUGCACGGAGGAGGCGCGGUUCUGGCGUAUGCGCUGCCCACUCAUAUGCAUGUGGCUUGUUGAACACCACCAGCCGCAAAGAGUGAUGAGACAGUUUGGGCUGUAUCGGAUGUUUGGAAGCGGCACGGAAUGCUGGCCCUGA